CGCGUUGGACCGCUGUGUGAUGGGGAUCACGGCGAUAGAGAUCCUGAGCGCCUGCGACGAGCUGGCCCCAGCCACCGUGGACGCUCUGAGCCACUCUGCAGUGAACCUGAAGCAGGCCAUGACCCGCCGCAGCCUGGCCGCGCUGAAGAACAUGGCCACGCACAAACUGCAGACGCUCGCCACCAACCUGCUGGCUGCAGACAACGCCGACAAGGGCAACCUGCCGAAAUACUCCCACAAUGCCCUGGUGGUGCAGGCGAUGAAGACCAACCUGACGGACCCCGACAUGCACGUGCUGUUCUUCGACGUGGAGGCGGUGAUCAUCCAGCUGCUGACGGAGGAGGCGCAGAGACCCAGCCCCACCCUGGUGUCUCCAGAGACGCUGCAGAAGAGCCAGGCCGGGGCCGACAAGGGGGGGUCCUUCCUGGCCAACAAGAUCUUCAAACAGGUGAAGGAAACGAUGAAGGAGACCAUCAAGGAGCACCUGCUGGACGAAGACGAGGAGGAAGAGGAGGAGAUGAGGAGGCGGGAGGAGAAGUCCAAGUCUCUCAGCCUGCUGGAGUACAACCUGACGAUGGACACGGCCAAACUGUUCAUGUCCUGCCUGCACGCCUGGGGUCUGAACGAGAAGCUGGACGGCAUCUGCCUGGAGCGGCUGGGCAUGCUCAGACCGCACUGCCCCAUCUCCUUCGGCCUGAUCUCCAGAGGAGGUCACAUGUCCCUCAUGCUGCCCACCUUCAAGGAGUCUCUGCUGCGACAGUUGUCCCUGGCGACGGGUCUGAAGCUGACUCUGACGGACAUCGUGGGGAAGGGGACGUACGGCGUGUCGAGAGCCGUCACCACGCAGCACCUGCUGUCCGUCAUCUCUCUGGCCAACACUCUGAUGGGCAUGACCAACGCCACCUUUGUGGGAGAACACAUGAAGAAAGCCCCCGUCAGGUAACUAUUUCCGUUGACUCC